CCCUCUGUUCAUUUUCUCUACACAGUACACAGCCUCAGCAAUCAGCAUAUAUUCGGGGUUCUUCAGUUCUUCAAGCGUCCUCUUGUGAUCAACCGCGUUUCUACUCUUUUGAUUGAAGUUUUUUCGAGUUUUUUUCUUUGGAACAAGGGAAAUUUAUUGAUAGAUCAUGCCAGACGUGCAGGCUCUUGUCAAUGAUUUCAUUAGCAAGCUUAAAAAACGUAAGAUUGAGGGCUCUCAUGCGACGGCGAAGCAAGCAGCGGAAUUGCUUCGGUCUGUGAUUUCACAACAGCGAGUGCCUUACACGAACCAGGCUGGAGCUUUGAUUGAUGCUGUGAAGGCUGUUGGAGAGCAGCUGGUAGCUGCAAAUCCUGUCGAGCUUGCGGUGGGGAAUAUUGUGAGGCGAGUUUUGCAUAUUAUCAGGGAGGAGGAUCUUUCCUUGACAACGGCUUCCAUGGCUGGGUUGAACUUAUCAGCUGUAAGCGAUGAUGAAGAUGACACUCAGAAAGAUGAUCAUUCAGUUUUAUCUGCUGCUGUGGUUGCUGCUGCUGCAAGAAGCACUCUACGUCCACCUUCCUUGCAAACCUUGCUGGAGGACCUUCCCAACUCAUCUGCUAUUCCACACACUUCUUCAUCGGGGGGUGAUUCUGAAGCAAAAAGCAAAUCUGCUGAUAAAAGUUCAACAACUCGGAAGCUGAAGCAUGAUGUCAUUGAAGCUGUUAAUGAAGUUAUCCAAGAUAUAGCCACUUGCCAUGAACAGAUUGCGGAGCAAGCAGUAGAGCACAUCCAUCAAAAUGAGGUAAUACUAACAUUAGGUAGUUCGAGGACUGUGUUGGAAUUUCUUUGUGCUGCAAAGGAUAAGAAACGAUCAUUUCGGGUAUAUGUCGCUGAGGGUGCUCCAAGAUACCAAGGUCAUCUGCUUGCAAAAGAGUUGGCCACAAGAGGGUUACAGACAACACUGAUUACUGACUCGGCAAUUUUUGCAAUGAUUUCCCGAGUGAAUAUGGUUAUAGUUGGAGCUCACGCUGUUAUGGCCAAUGGAGGGGUCAUUGCAGCUGUUGGGAUGAAUAUGCUUGCUCUUGCUGCUCAAAGGCAUGCUGUUCCUUUUGUUGUACUGGCUGGCAGUCACAAGUUGUGCCCUCUGUAUCCUCAUAGUCCUGAGGUCUUACUCAAUGAACUGAGAUCACCAUCUGAGCUGUUAGACUUUGGAGAAUUUUCAGACUGCAUGGAUUUUGGAAGUGGCAACGGUUCCCCUCUUCUUCAUGUUGUUAAUCCGACAUUUGAUUAUGUGCCACCAAAGCUUGUUAGUCUGUUUAUUACUGACACUGGAGGGCAUAACCCAUCAUACAUGUACCGGCUCAUUGCUGAUUACUACUCUGCUGAUGAUUUGGUAUUGCAGAGAAAACCUGCUCCAGGGAAUUGAAUUUUGAUCUCCUUUCUUUUGCCAUAGAGAACUUCUAUAACUUCCAUGGAAGAAUUUGGCCGGUGAUGCAUUUAACUGGAAGCUGUGAAACCAUCCUGAAAAUCUUAAUGGUUCUUAAUGGUUGGAAAAAUUGCGGAUACAUAACUUUUCAGGUAAGGGAACGGCAGAGGAUGGAGCCGAGAAGCAAACAGGCCAAGCAAUGCCAAUUUUGUGAACAGUGAAUAGGUAUGUGCUGCAACUGUAGAACAGAGAAUAGAAAUUGUUUUGGUAGUUAGUGAGAGGCUUAACUUUCUGCUGCGGAACUACUGGAUAUUGGACAAAGUAGCUGCCCAUUUAUUCCAUUUAGCUGAGUUGAUUGAGGUUUUUUGCCCUGAUGCCAUUCAUACAAUUUAUGGCUGUGUUGUAUAUGUAACAGAAACUUUGGGAAUGUCCGUUGGGAUUAUUUUCUGUAUUCAACUGAUAAAUUUCAUGGAAGAUGGGAACCCUUCGC